CCCUGGCUCUGGAGGCGGAGGCGGAAGCGGAAGCGGCGCUGUCUUCCGGCUGUGCGGAGCGGCGGCGAUGCAGCCACAAGAAGAAAAGCAGUUGGAGUCAUCAGUGGACGCAAUUAUCAGUCGUGUGGCUGAUCUGAAGAACUCUUUGGCAGCUUUCAUCCUGAAAUUAGAGAAUGAAUUUGACCGAAUGAACUGGCCCUCAGUCUUGGACAACUUUGCCCUGGUAUCUGGGCAGCUGAACACCUUGAACAAGCUCCUACGGAAUGAUAAAACACCGAUUCUAAGAAAUCAGGUCAUCAUCCCAUUGCUGCUCUCUCCUGACCGUGAUGAUGAAUUAAUGAAACUAACAGAGGGUCGAGUUCCCGUUUUCAGUCACGAGGUGGUUCCAGAUCAUCUCCGAACUAAACCAGAUCCAGAAGUUGAAGAACAGGAAAAGCAACUGAGUGCAGAGGCAGCACGUCUGGCACCUGACGUGGCCCAGAAAUAUGUCCAGUCUAUGAACAAAAUGUGCAGCAACCUACUUGACAAACUCAACAACACCCGGGAAGAGCGUGAGUCUGAGAGUGGAGCCUUACGACAGAGCAAGCAGACCUUCAACCCAGCUGAUACCAAUGCUCUCGUGGCAGCAAUUGGAUUUGGAAAAGGAUUAUCGAAACUAAUUAGACAGCCCCAAGGUGGCCCAGUACCUGCGGGUCAAUCUGUUCCAGGAGGUGGCCUGCAGGGAGGUCCAAGCCUAUCCCAGGUGACAGUUCAAGGUGGCCCUAGCCAACAGGGAUUGCCUGGCCAAGUUCCAUCACAGCAAGGUCAGCCAGGUAAAAUGCCAAGCACCAUAAAAACUAACAUCAAGUCUGCGUCAAUGCAUCCAUAUCAGCGAUGAGCCCUGAGCCAUGGACAUUGUCAUAACGAUGCAUGUAGUGCAAGGAGCAAACUGAGAUGAAUGUUAACGUUGUUGAUAGUUUGACGGCCCUUUAAAAGUUGGGCAAUUGUAUAUUCAUGAAACUUGAUUCAUUCAUUGUAGUACACAACACCCGAAGUGGUAUAUUGAUAUUAAAUGCAACGCACAUGUAAGGCACUGCUGAACUUUGAAAAGAUUCUUACAAGAAACAUUCAGUGAAUAGCUUUCCUUUUUGUUCAUCACAUCCCCAAUGCUCAAUAAGUCUCUGGGUUCCAAGUGAUAUUAGUUUAGUUUAAAGAUAUAGCACGGAAACAGGCACAAGCCCUUCGGUGAUCCCCGCACGUUAACACAAGCCAACACACACCAGGGACAUUUUACACUUAUACCAUGUAUACAAACCCAAGCCAAUUGACCUACAAACCUGUAUGUCUUUGGAGUGUGGGAGGAAAUCGAAGUUCUCUGAGAAUAACCCACGGGGAGAACGUACAAACUCCGUACAGACAGCACCCAUAUUCGGGAUCGAACCAGUGUCUUUGGCGCUGCAAGCGCUAAUGCAGCGACUCUACCGCUGCGCCACCGUGCCGCAGAUCUCUGUUCUAGAGAUAGAUUGAUGGUAAUUAAUUAUCUUUACUGUCAUUGCAGCAGUUUGGAAUGGUUAGAUAGUACAUAUUUGUGUCCAAACAUUUACUUAAAUAUGUUUGCUGUUUUGCAUCAUUUAAAACAUUGUUUUCAUUUUAAUGCUAUCUUAAAGGUAUAAUCCACUAAUUAUCAUUUAAUACAUAUUAAGCUAAUGUUUCCUCCAGCAUUUAAAAUUGAUUCUUAUUUAUAUUUGUCUUUUUUUAAACUACCAUCCACUGAUGUUGGAUACAUUUGUAUAAAGUAUGUAAUCAUUGGCUUAAUAAAAAA